GACUCAGCAAAGAAAUGAAAAGGAGUUUUGGUGACACCUCAACUCGCAGCACAGCAGGUUGUCUGCCUGUACCGCUGUUCAAUCAGAAAAAAAGAACUAGACAGCCCCUCACUUCAAAUCCAAUUAAAAAUGAGCCAGGUGCCGGUUCUGGGACUCGUACAUAUGACUUCUCUCCCCCAUCAUUUGGCUGGGGAACUGCAAACCCAGAAGUGGCUGAAUUGCAGAAAGCAGCAAACAGUGGCCAAACAGAACAUCAGGUGGCUCCUUCCCUCAUAAAACCACCAAAUGCAUCAAAGUUUAAUUUAGCAAAUGCUGGAAAAAACUUGGCUGCCUGCAGGAACAGAAAUGAGUAUACUCUGAGCAACACAGCAGAUUCAAGGUCUGAGAGUGGAAUUACUCGAAAGUUUGGGAACCUUUCAAAUAAUUGGAAAACUGUCCAGCAGCAAAAACCCCCUGGUAACCGUAAUUCAUCUCAGCUCCUCAAAACAGAAACCAGCCAGACAAACACAGCUAAAGGACAGUGGCCAGUGAAACCUAACCCUGCAUCAAGAAGUCUGCAGGGUCAUAGUCCAGCAUAUAAAUUUAACUACAACAUUCAGCAAAAUAAAAUGAAUGAAAACCAAAUUGAUUUUGUCCCAGAAGAAAAAAGUCAGGAAGUUCCAUCAUCUCAAAUAAAAAUCAGAGACAAAAGGAAUUCUUUGCGAAUCCUGUCUGCAGUCAUUGAAAGUCUGAGGCACUGGAGUCAAUAUUCUUACAAAACUGCACUGUUAUUUGAAGUCUUAGGCACACUGGAUUCUGCAGUCACACCUGGAGCUUAUGGGGCAAAGAACUUUCUCCUGAGAGAUGGAAAGGAGACCCUGCCUUGUGUGUUUUAUGAAAUUAAUCCAGCCAUGCAGACAGCUUUUGUGGUAGGUGACAUAAUUGUUUUAUUUGUUUAUUAUGCUUUGAUGAAGGACCGUGAGCUUCCAAGACUAAUUAGAGGCCGAGUGCACAGGUGCAUGGGAAACUAUGAUGCAAAAAGGAACAUUUUCAAGUGCGUCUCUGUAAGACCAGCAACUGCUGCAGAACAGAACACUUUCCAAGACUUUGUGAAAAUUGCAGAUGCUGAGAUGACAGCAUAUGUAAAAACAAUGAAUGAGAUGUAGAAGUUGAAAUGGUUUCUCUAAUUUUCACUGAUCAUUACCCAGAAAGGCUGGACAUGCUAAAAUAUUUCCCAAAGCUAACAGGGAGAAUCUGGUUAAAUAAUUGGAAAUAUCACUGUGCUGUGUUAGCCAACAAAUGUUAGUAACAAUGUUUUGUUUUCACUAUUACUUUCUUUAGCUCACCCAGUUAAAUAUGCAAUAACAGGGUUUUGUUACAUAGUACAUUAGACUUUACUGAAGAAAUUCUGAAUUAAAAUGCUAAAUUUUGCAGUAGGGCAACUGUGUUAGAAUUCAGAUUUCCAUUGCUUUUCAUUAUCUUCGAUUUUGAGAAAUUCCUUCAAUACCUGUUUCAAAAUGACUGUAUAAUUCUCUUGAGGAGUAUUUGGUCAUGGUUUAAUAGGUAACAAACAUCACAAAGUUCUCUGGGUAGAAAGUAAAAAGACAGUCUUUAUUCUUCUUCAGUUCCAAAUAACAGGUGCCCUUUCCUUUGCUGGAUGACAAGAACACGUGUAAAAGCUUUGCUAGAAAUGAACAUAAUAGGUACUACAUAAAGAUUCCACAGGAUGCAGCUGUAUCUGCCAGGUAUUCCUUGGGUUCCCAUUUAUAUGCUAUUUGGUUUUUUUUUCUUUUUUUUUUAAACAAAUAAUCAGUUUAACACCUGUAUAAAAUAGCAACAGACCCUGAAGCUGUAGGAAGAUUCUUCAAGGACACAGAGGAAGUUGAAAAGAAAGAAUUAUUUGAAGGCAGAACUUCCUCGCCUUUGCCAUAUAAACACCUUUCAUGAGGGAUGGACCAUGUACAUGUUUAUGUGCCUUUUGCCUUCAGACAUUGACUUUCACAGGUUAUUCCUGCUGUUUCUAUUUCCUUUUCCCCUACUUCAAAAGCUUUGUAGCAGAUCUGUUGGGAGUUGUAAAACAAAAGACUUGUCAAGAAAAUAGCAAACAGGAUGGGGUUUUUUAUUAUUUUAUUAUACAGUGUUGGCAAUUGGAAAUUUCACAUUUAAAAUAAUUGAAAUAUUGUAUCCAACAAGUCAAAUACAGAAAACAGUUAAUAUUCUAAAAAGGAGCCAGCUAGUCAACGCAGAAACACAUUAAUGGAAAAUACAGCUUUUAGUUACACUUAAAAAAUUAUAUAUUUAGAAUAAAACUUGAACCUGGUCCAGUAAAUUGUUUGACUUGCAACAGGAAAACGCUUUUACACAGUUUAACGCGCAGACAGUCUUUGUUUAAAAAAGUGAUCUGUCAGUGUCAGCACAUGUAUUGUCAGCAACAGCCCCCUCGUGUUCCAGUUGAGAUCUAAGGUAUGUGCUUUGCUAACUGCUGUAAGAAUCAC